GACGAGGACGGCAACACCCUGUCGGACGAGGACAUCGCGGCAGAGGCCAACACCUUCAUGUUCGCGGGUCACGACACGACGGCCAGCGCCUUGGCGUGGCUCUUCUACAACCUGGCCUGUCACCCCCACUACCAGGAGCGGUGCCGCCAGGAGGUCCAGGAGCUCCUCAAGGGACGGGACACAGAGGAUAUCGAAUGGGAAGACCUGUCCCACCUGCCCUUCACCACCAUGUGCAUCAAGGAGAGCCUCCGCCUGCACCCGCCCGUCACCGCCGUGUCCCGGCUCUGCUCCGAGGACAUGGCUCUGCGUGACGGACGCGUCAUCCCCAAGGGGGUCCUCUGCCUCCUGAGCAUCUACGGGACCCACCACAACCCGGACAUAUGGCCCGAGCCCCAGGUCUACAACCCGUUGAGGUUCAGCCCAGAGAACAGCCAGGGACGGUCCCCAUUGGCCUUCAUCCCCUUCUCCGCCGGUCCCAGGAACUGCGUCGGGCAGAGCUUCGCCAUGGCCGAGCUGAAGGUGGUGGCAGCGUUGACGGUGGCACGCUUCGCCAUCGGGCUGGACGCGGCACGGCCACCACGCCGCAAGACCGAGCUCAUCCUCCGCGCCGAGGACGGGCUGUGGCUGCGGCUGGGGGCGCCGGACACCGGGGACACCGGGGACACCCCAG